AUCUAAAAAAACUGAUGGAAAAUCAUUCAGUUAAAUCUGAAUUGUACGAUUCAAUAAUAUUCUAUAUUAAACUCCACCAAAAAGUUAUAUCAGGAAUUAUUUUCAUAAUUAAAUUCCGACGAUGACGAAUUGAUCCGUCUUACCAAAUAGUUUUUAUCGGUGCAACCGUAUUUCUGGUUCCCGCGAGGAGUCACGCUCGAUGGACGUUCCUCGGUUUUGCGUAGAGCCACUCCCCGCGUCUAUUUGCUUACGCGAAAGACCGAUACGGUCCAGUCACGGUAGGCGUAAUCAAAGAAGUUUUAGUGAGAUCUCUCCCUUUUUCCCGGAUAUGAUACAAGUUAAUGAAGGAGAUCCGGAGACACCCCUUCGAGCAGAGGAAAAGAUAUGUAUAUAACUCAUUCAGCAGUGCACGCUGACUCUUCCGCCCGGGCAGAUUCUUGAAGAAAGUUAACGAAGAAACCGUUUCACCCGAGAUACUAAAACAUCUGCAUCGACGAUCGAUGAGGUGAUCAUUUCACAUUGACAAUUUUGUGCCAAACAUGUGAAUUUUCAUCGGGUUCUUAUUUUCAUCUCCACGUUUGUUCAAUAAUGAAGUUUUUGUAAAAGAAACCGGGGACCGUCGAAUCGUUAAUAAAAUUUCGUGGACGAAGAUUUGAGAUGAAGACCGAAAGUGGUAAUUCGAAUCAAGUGAGUUCUGGGAUUGAGCAACGUUUGCGUAGCCCGAAGUGCGCCAGGUGCAGGAACCACGGUGUGAUUUCCGGUCUGAAGGGACACAAAAGAUCGUGCGCGUGGAAGGAUUGCCGUUGUCCUUGCUGUUUACUGGUAGUCGAGAGGCAAAGGGUGAUGGCAGCGCAGGUUGCGCUCAGAAGACAGCAACAGGCUCAAGGAAAUUUCUUCGGCGAGAACGCGGUUUCCGCUGUGUGUCACACGCCGAUCGACGCACCCGGUUCACCGUAUCUGUUGAAGACCGAGCAACCCGCCGCAUGCCGAAGGGGAAAGAACUUCCCGCGUCAUCAACUGCAUUUCACUCAGACGAGCAUCAGCGUGACGCAGGGAUUCUAUGGAUUGAAGGCGAUACACGGUCUACCCGCAGCAUUUACCGCGGAUGCUCCAUUGUUAAAUGGUUUGUCACAGAAUCAGGAAUAUAAGCAAGAAGCCGAAGGUUCCAAAAAAAUGCAGCCUUUUCCACCUAUGUAUUCCACCAUCCCGUGGUUUGAACAAAUCACGGAACCCCGGAAGAUAAAGAAAAACUUUAACGAUGAUUUUACGUCUGCCGCGAGCGACCACAAUAUUCCCACGACUAACAGCGGAUCCUGUUUGGAAAAGAAAUCAACUAUCUCCUUCAGCGUCGAAUCUAUCAUCGGUACGAAGUGAUACAAAAGAAAUGAUUGCAUUUCAUUAUUGUAAAUAAAGAUCAAUAGUUUGUUAGACCUUAUUAACUUAUGAGGAAUAAACAUAAAACGUGUGAAAGCUUCUCGGGAUUAUUUUCCUACAAAACGACAGCUGGAAGUCUUUUUUUAUGUACCCAGUAAAUAAACUGUGCCUCUCGAAUUAACUUGUUACGUGUAUUUAAAAUACAAUACAGUGUAUUAACAUCGUAAUAUUAUAAUAAACUUAU